ACGCCUGUAAAGUGGUGUGCGUCUCAGUGGUGCUCAGCUCAGCUUGGCGCAGUUGUGUACACUGCAGACGACGCAAACUGGCGCGCCAGACAGCGCAGCCGCACUACAACAAGCGCAGACAUAGCAGCCAUGGCAGACGAAAAACCCAAGGAGGGAGUGAAGACAGAGAACAAUGAGCACAUUAACCUGAAGGUGGCCGGGCAGGAUGGCUCAGUGGUGCAGUUCAAGAUCAAAAGGCAUACGCCUCUCAGCAAACUGAUGAAAGCGUAUUGUGAACGGCAGGGGCUGUCGAUGAGGCAAAUACGGUUUCGGUUUGACGGUCAGCCCAUCAAUGAGACAGACACGCCCUCGCAGCUAGAAAUGGAGGAUGAAGACACGAUUGAUGUGUUCCAACAGCAAACCGGAGGCUCUUUUCUUUAAAGACUGUUUCCAACCAACAUCCCUACCUCCCCUUCUCACCCCUGAACCUGUUAAUUUUGACCUGUCUUUAAGCGCUCAUGACCAGUGUUGAUACCAUCCAGUGGAAAACUUUUACAAAAUGCUCAUAGACAGCAGCACAGUUGUAGAUAGAUCUGAUCAUUCUAUCAUUGGUAUGUUAACAUAUGUUUGAGUUGUGGAAUGUGGACAACUUUUGAGCUACAUUGAGUCUAAUGUGCCGAAGAAAUUAAACUCCUGUCAUGAUUUUUUUCUUCCUUUUUUUUUCUUUUUGAAGAUGUGGAAUAAAGUCCCAAGUCCUUGUUUUGUUUUUAUACCUAUGUCAUUGAGGCUUUGAUUCGGAUGGAAUUAUGUUGUCGCUGUCCAGUAAGCGUUUUAAAUUCACUGACAUCUGUUGUUAUUAUGAAAAUGUGUUAUUUGAAUAAAUUGAGUCUUUUUUACAUA